AAGCUGCUCUACAGUGUCGUUGCAUUUCUCGUGGCGGCAACAGUUUGUGUCACAUGUGCUGUGCACUUGAGAGUACGCCCCAAACACGUACGACGUGGAAGUGGGGUUAUGUCCCUUACACGUAACCUGCGACGUUCCAUAAUCAACUUGCCCCCAAUCACCCGUCGUGUCUGUAAGACACAGAUGUUCAAUUGGUUUGCAUGUUCUGUGUUCCACUAUCUGAACCUAUAUCUUUCUCAAAGCUAUACGAAGUCAUAUCCUCACGUUGGGAAAGACCUGGCGGAAGCUCAGGGGCUAGCUCGCAUCCUGAGUGCUCGCGUCUUGCUUGUCUCGCAGUGCGCCGGCCUGCUAAUUGUAGUUCUGAUCAGCCAUCUUUGGCAACCCGAACGCACGCCUCUCACGGGCGACACUCGGUCCAAAAUGGCUCGGCUACGACGUGAAUUGCAUCUGGACACCACGGAGCUUAAACGCCCUUGGCGUGCGUCUUUCGGUGUCCUAGCGUUGUUGCUUCUUUCCGCGUUCUUGAUGCAGGAUUUCUUUGACAUUGCCUCGAUAUUGACUUGCGGCUUCGGAGUAGUCAGCACUAUGAACAUUUGGAUCCCCCACACCAUGAUCGCUCAGGAAAUCUCCACGAUACGUGUAGAACACGUUUUGUCCAUGGAACUGGGCAGAACCCCUGGUGACAGCGCGGGGAAGGAACGGGAGCAGACCGGGACAAUCUUGGCGAUUCACAACAUCGCUCUCAUGGCUCCGCAAAAAAUCUGGUAUUUUUGGGGCUGUCAUUUUUCGAAUACUUGAAGCUGCAGGGUCCGACGGUAGCGUGGCGUGGUCAUUCCUUCCCGGAAUCCCCGUUUUGUUAGCUGCCAUCGUGGUAUGUUGAGUGG